GCAAAGCUCCAUCGCGCCGCGCCGCCCCGAGCAGUUUCUUUUCCCCCGCUCUCUUCCCCCCUCCCGCGCCGCCUAUAAAUACCGCCUCCCUUCUGCCUCCUAUCCGCCGCAAGUCUCCCACUCAGACGUUACACCCACCCACCCACAGACAACAAGCAAACCACUACUCUGUACCCAGAGGGAGGGAGGGAAGAAAGAGUAGAAGAGAGAUCGAUCUGCCGUCAGGGGUGUUUCACCGUUCAUCAUGAGGACGAUCAGAGAAGGCGAUGCGCUGGUGGGAGUCGCCGGGCCGCCGGCGGGGAUCGGCCACGGCGCGCACCCGGGGCUGUGGAGGACGCCGACGCCGUACAUCUUCAUCGGCUUCGGGCUCAUGAUGGGGCUCAUCGCGGUGGCGCUGCUGGUGCUCGUCUGCACGCGACGCAAGCCGUCCGGCUCGUCGCGCCGGGGGAGCGCCGCCGAGGACGCGUCGGCGCGCGGGAUAUCGAUGGUGCCGCUCGACAGGGAGCCCAAGGUCGUCGUCAUCAUGGCCGGCGACGACUUGCCGUCCUUCCUCGCCAGCGCCACGCCGUUCGCGUUCCCCGACGCCGUCGAGCCGCCCCGCUAGGCGGACGCGGGACCAGUUUUGUUCGUCAUAUUUCCUAGGAUUUUACCCUGCGUAAUUUCGUCAGUAGUACCUGUUGUAUCUAGCAGAGGAGAUAGCCGGCGUGCAUGUGAUGUGAGCGUCCGGCGGCGUUGUUCAGAUCUGUGAAAGCGAAUGAAGCUUCGGCUUUGCAUA